AUGAUGACAACGACAAAGUGAAGAUGAAGACAAGUGCGCGCGACGACGAUGAUGAGAGGUACGACGAUGACGACAAUGAUGAUGACGAUCAACGGCGACGACGGUCAGUGCCUCAUGAAGGGUUAUAUAAAGCAUCCCGUCGGUUGACAAACCGAGUCACUUCUUCGGUAGAACCCUAUACUGAAACACACUCCGAGCAACGAGAACGAAAAUCCCGUUGUGUUAAGAUGGCCAAUUACAGAUGUAUACUCGCCUUUCUCAUCUUAUUGUUGGUUAUGAAUGCCGUAUUUUGCCAAACUUUCCAAUAUAGUCGCGGGUGGACUAACGGAAAAAGGUCGGAGUUUCCAAACUCCGCGGAGGUAUCCAAUUCAAUCUCAGACGAGGGUUUCACCAGCAACGAGCUCAAAAAGCUGAAGAUGUUGAUGCAUGGAAAUGUCGAUGAACAACCACUGUUGAUUCAUUGCGAUUUCAUGGAUAAACUGAGAAAACUAUUUCAUUCGGAUAAUUAUGCUCCUCAAUUACAUCGCGAAAAAGGACAAAAUGAUGAUAACUACUGAAAGAAAUACAUUCGUCAUGAUAGUCGGCGCAAACUGAUCCGUUUUAUCGAUGCAAACUAUUCGGAUCGUAGAUUUAGUUAUUUAAUUAUAGUCAGGUCAAAAUAAAUUAUUACUGCCCCGUAAUUUCUCAAUGAAAAUUUCUACCCUUAACUUAUGCCAGGUAAACCGUAUCACAUUAUAUCACUUUUUUGAAGAAGAAAUUCAAAAAUGCUUAAACUGGACGGCAUCGUUAAUAUAAUUUAAAUUAUCUAGAUCUUUCAUGCUUAAAAAUGUAUUUGAAUAAACUGUAACUAACGUCAGGCGAUAUGUGUAUUA